AUGGCUUUCGACGCGCGAAAAGCGUGGAUCAAAAAGAAAGUAAUGGGCACCAUGCAGCUACAGGAUCUCAGCUUAUGGGAAGCCCUGAUGUCCCGGGAAGCGCACACGGGCGACAAGAUACUACAGCAAUUUUUGGAAGAAGGAAGAAUAGGGACAGCAUUAUUCUUUGCCAUUACUAAAGUUGAGGGUUCCCAAACAGUGAUUCUUGACAUGGACACUAGGCCACUGAGAACAUAUAGCGAUUCCAACGUCCAAGCCUACACUCUCAAGCUCUGCUCCGGGCAAAUUGACUUAACUGGGAAGGGCGUGGAGGAGAUGAGCCGCUGCAUUCGGCUAGGCCUAACUAGAUCUGAUGUUCUCGAUGAUCUCGCCCUCCUGUUAAAUGGUCUCCUUCUGCCAGUCCUGCAUGGCCAAACUGAGAGUUCUAAGAGGGAAGAAAUAGAGGAAUGCAGUCAGGAUUCGUCAGUAGAAUGCGCCAGUUCACCGAAUAGCACGUCGAUUCCCACCCAACGUCUGAGAUUAGGGCUUCAAGAAUCCACGUUUCCGAACAACCCAGGUCUUCGAGAAAACGCAUUGGAUACUGGCAGUGACGACAGUGAAGUUCCAGAGCUGUCUGAAACGUGCUCCGAAAGAGUUGCGCCCAAAUCAACAACAGAGGAAAUGACGAAUGUUGGGCAAGACGAAUAUACCAAGGCAUUUUCGGAUGCAUGUAGUGCGGUGGACGACCCUCCACACAGAACUAGUUCACAAGAAAUUGCAUAUGGCAUGGAUCUGGAAUUCAAGCACAAAUCAGUAGGGGCCACAAAGGAACUACUGCAGCAUAUUUUGACAGCGUCAAGUAGAAUGGCGGCGGCACUGCCAGUAUCAGUGGCUGAGACCCCUCAUUCAAUUGUAGAUCAAAUUCCAACAGACUCUACUACGUUAGAAGAGACGGUAUCUCGAUGGCAUAGCCUAGUAACGAACCUCUUAGAUACUGAAAGAAAGCGCACGUCAGACAACUUUCUUCCAGUGUCUGAGAUCAACUUUUGGAAAGCCCGGUAUGCAGCGGUAUCCAUACUCUACGAGCUGCUUAUCACGCCAGGGUGUCAGCAGGUACUCAAGCGGUACGAGCAAGCUUAUCCAGGAUCAACGGUGCUACCAGAGCUUAGGAAAGCCCUCGACGAGCUUGAGCAUCUGAACAUGGAAUCUCUCAGCAACGUUCGCUUCCUGUCGACCCUUGAGAGGUACUUUGAAACAUUAGAAACAUGCGAAAUGGAAGGCAUGGCACGCACGAUUGCCUCGCUCAUGAAUGCGCUACGCAUGGUGUGGGUAACAUCUCGGCAUUUCACAACAGAUGAACGCAUGCAAGAUCUGUUCGAAAGAAUUGCAUAUCAGCUGGGAAUGCGUGUUCACCAAGAAGUCCGUAUAGACCAGCUUCUGAGAGGAGAGACCGCAGAUGCCACCGUAAUACUGCAGCGGUCUCGGAUCAUGCUUGAAACGUGGAAAGCAGAGUACUUCAAUAUGCGAUCUCGUCUCGAAGAGUCAGAAUGCAACCGAAGGUGGGAGUUUGACCGGCGCAAGCUCUUUCAGACUACGGAUUAUAUGGCUUCAAUGUGCUCCCAGUUUGAGAAGAUUGCAAACGUAAUUGGACAGUUCAAGAGGUUCAUAGGCCCGAGGCUUCACUCUGUCACUCGUUCUCGCAGAGCGAUUAACAGGCUCACUGGGAAAAUACAGGCUCUGAUUAGCUGUUUUGACCCCAUUUCGGAUCGUAUUUUUAGCGAGGGAUCUUCUGAAGAAGUUAGUGCAACUAUGAAGAGUUUUUGGCAGCAAACCGAGGAUCUAGAGGCUGAAUGCAUAUUGUUUCUGGAUACAAAAUUUACCAAGCUUCGGUCAGCAGUCGGUGCAUUUCAAAUGUUGAAGGAUUUCACCACUACGGAAAGCAGGCCGAAGAUCAACAUUAAACUUGAAGAAAAGUUUGUGGAUAUUUUAAAGCAAUUCAAUACUGAAGUGGACCGCAUGCGUAACUUGUUCGAACGCCAUCAUGAGAACCCUCCCAUCCCAAACCAUAUGCCCCCUACUGCUGGUGCAAUUUUGUGGUCAAGUGGAAUUCUGCAAGCCCUGAAAACCAGUGUUUUGGCUUUUAAGCAAAUGCCCGAAGUAUUUGACUUCGAUCAGGUCGAGCUCGUCUUCGGCAACUACCUGACCUUUGCAAAGGCGGUUACAGCCUAUCAGAAGCAUAGGGUGAAGGAGUGGCAGGCUAAUGCAGCGGUUGCUGCGACGGAGUGUCUCAAAUCGUACGUUCUGCGGCGUGAAGCCAAUGGAACUUACGCAGUUAAUUUCAGCCCCAACGUGUGGGUUGUAAUGCAAGAGGCUCGCCACCUCGAUCAACUUGGAAUAAGCGACGCCCCAGCAGCUGUGGUAAACGCAGCGCUGCACAAGGUGAGGAGCACAUGGCAUAGGGCUGUCCUUCCUGGCCUAACCACCUUAAAUUGGACAAGCUUAGGGCUAGAGGAUUUUGCGGGAACGUGCCGGAAAUCGCUGAUAGUCUUCAAAGCUACAUGCGAGCAAGUUUUUAAGAACGUUGAGAUCAUUGAGUGCAUUGUAAAGGAGAUAGAGGACGCACAAUUGGAUUUCUACGAAUUCAUCGAAGCACACAGAGCGCGAGUAGUUGAGACGCUGCAAGCAAGAUAUGAAGCAGUUACCUCAUAUCUGGUAAAGAUUGAAGAGCUUGUCGAAGGCCGCACCUCUGGCUCUAGCGAAGCCAUGGGGGGCUACUACUACUAUUGGGAACGUCGAAUUUUCAAUGCAAUAGUAACAAUGCUCGUUAGAGGCAAGUGCGUUCCCAUACAGCAGCUUCCAGGGGAUGAGGCAGCAGCACUCCAAUUUACGUUCUACGCCGAAGUCUCUCGAAUACCCGCACUAAUCAAUACAACUGUUGCCACUCAUCAGGCUAUUCAAAGAGUAUUCCAGCACAUAACUAAAUGUGUCAAAAACUGGAGCAAGUAUGAAGCUGAUUGGUUACUCUGGAACCCAGAUCGUAAAGCUGAAUUGGACCAGCUCAUCGCGAAAAAGCCUAACGUGUUAUAUUUUGACGUGUAUGUUCGGGCCUACGAGAAUCUUGCGUCAGAAUUAAGCUCUGUGCCAAAAGUUAAAACCAUUGGUUUCAUCCAACUCGACUCUUCGGAGGUCAUUAACGGAAUUCGGAAACAGGCACUUUCGCUGAGCAAAGCCUAUGCUGCUACACUCUAUCAAAUAAUGAGGCACGAGACGACAGAUCUGAAAACGUUGAUACGCGAAGGACGGGGAAGCCUUGAAGUGGAGACAGACACACUCGAAAGAUUUAAGCUGUUGAUGCAGUCGCUACUCGCCAUUAAUGAAAGUGCCAUGGAUGCAGAAAUACGCCUAACAGAAGUGCAAGAAAUGUAUAGGACUCUACAAAGCUACAAAUACCCUCUGACUGAAGCCGAAGGCCUGGAAUUAGCUUCCCUUCCGCAAGCAUGGAACGAGCUCAGAAACGUAGCUCACCGUUUUAUCGAUGAAUGUAAAGCGCUUCAGCGGAGAUUUCAGGAAGGCACAGAAUCAGCAGACACGACAUUGCAGGAGGGAUUGGGGGUAAUAACAGCGAUUCGCAAAGAGUUGGCCGAGUUCAAACGACGGGCAGCGGAUCUUAAUAGCGCUGAGAAUAUGUUUUCUCUCCCACUGACUAACUUUCCUGUGUUGGACACGCUGGAGAGAGAUAUAGGCGAGCACGAGCAACUGUACACCCUUUAUACUGAUCACGAUGCAAUAAUAAAAGAGUGGGCUUCACGGCACUGGGCGAAAGUUGACUUCCAAGUGAUAUAUGUGUAUUCAAACGGUGUCGUGCAGGCAUACCUGAGAGUAGUACAGGUCAUUAAUGGAUUUCGAAGUCAGCUGCCAUUGGUAGAACGCUUGAAAAACGAAGCGAUACGGCCACAACACUGGAAAGAGCUGAUGGGUUUGGCAGGGCAAUCAUUUGAUGGCGAAAACCAGAAUUUACGCUUACAAGAUGUCUUGGACCUGAAACUAGAGCGUUUUCCCGAUGCCGUGAACGAAAUUAUUCAAGCUGCCACUGAAGAGCUGAAGCUUGAAAAGGAUAUUUCUAGAAUUGAGUCGUGCUGGCGACAACAAGUUGUUGAAACUACGAAGUACAAGAAUGAUGAAUCCAGAUGGGUGUUAAAAUCCAAUGAAGAGCUGCGAAUGCUGCUAGAUGAUAGCCUGUUGCAGCUUCAAUCCAUGUUGAGCUCUCGAUUUGCUUCUGGUGUGAUAGAAAAGAUUCGCAAGUGGGAGAAGUCCCUUAAUAUCAUUCGCGAAGUGCUUGAUUCAUGGCUUCAGGUGCAAAGGAAAUGGAUGUACCUUGAUGGGAUUUUUACUACAUCCAUUGAUAUUCGGUUACAACUGCCUAAAGAAGCCAAAAGAUUUGACGCUAUAAACCGCUGCUUUCUUUCCAUAAUGAAACAGACAAACGAAAAUCCGAACGUCCUCUCCGCAUUUUGUGUCGAGAAGCGACUUUUGGAAAUGAAUAGCCUGACGGAAGAACUCGAUGGCUGCCAGCGGUCUUUAUCUGAUUACCUAGAUGCAAAAAGGAUCCUGUACCCAAGGUUUUACUUUAUUUCAGAUGAUGAGCUACUAUCAGUGCUUGGAUCCAGCGGCUAUGAAUCAGUGCAACCCUUGAUGCUGAAGCUUUUUGACAAUUGCAAAGAGCUCCAGAUUAAUGCUUCAGGACAGGUUUCAGGAAUGGAAUCCGAAGAAGGUGAAAACUAUCGUUUUAUCGAGGCCUUAAUGCCUGAAGGCCCAGCUGAGGAAUGGAUGGCAACAGUGGACAACGCUAUGAAACAAUCGCUUCAUAGAAUUGCAAAAGAGGGCAUAUACAUGUAUGGCUGCAAGCCUAGGGUUCGAUGGGUUACCGAACAGCUUGGAAUGGUGGCAUGUGUGGGGUCGCGCAUCUGGUGGACCUGGAGGGUUGAAGAUGCUUUUCAGCGUCUAGAUCAGGGUGACAAAAAUGCACUCCGACAUGAGGCAGCAAUUCAGCGCCAGCAGGUUUCCGCUUUGAUCGAGGUCGUACGCAAGCCGCUAGAAUACAGGGACAGGAAGAAAGUGAAUACCCUGAUUAUCCUGGACGUGCACGCAAGGGAUCUCAUAGAACAUUUCGUCGAAAAAAGCGUCUUUAGCGCAAACAGUUUUGAAUGGGAAAGCCAGCUAAGGUUUUACUGGGAUAUGGAAGCAGACGAUAUUGAAAUACGACAGUGCACGGGGAAGUUUCGAUAUGGAUAUGAAUACCAGGGUCUCAACGGCCAUUUGGUAAUAACGCCUCUGACGGACAGAUGUAUUAUGACACUCACAACAGCACUCACAUUUUGUUUGGGAGGUGCGCCAGCUGGGCCAGCUGGGACAGGGAAAACAGAGACAGUGAAGGACUUGGCAAAAUCCUUGGCAAACCGUUGUGUUAUACAGAAUUGUGGGGAUGGCUUGGAUUACCAGGCAAUGGGAACGAUAUUCUCAGGGCUUGUGCAAACGGGAUUUUGGGGAUGCUUUGAUGAGUUUAAUCGUAUCAAUCCAGAGGUAUUGUCAGUGGUUUCAGCCCAAAUCAAAGCUAUACAAACCAGCAUGCAGAAUGGGAAGGGAUCUGUAGAAUUGCUGGGUAAAAGCUUAACGUUUGUACCGACAGUGGGAAUUUUCGUCACAAUGAAUCCUGGAUACGCUGGACGGUCAGAACUACCCGACAACCUGAAGGCUCUAUUUCGCCCUGCAACAAUGACAGUGCCGGAUAUGGCAAUGAUCUGCGAGAUCAUGCUCAUGUCAGAGGGCUUCCAAGAGGCACGGAUAUUCGCAAAAAAGAUGACCGUUCUGUAUGAGCUGGCUCGAGCACAGUUGUCCAAGCAGCACUUCUAUGACUUCCAACUGAGAGCGUUGAAGGCUGUAUUGGUAACUGCUGGAUCUAUGAAGCGCAUGGCGCCAGAAUCACCAGAUGAUCUGCUACUCAUACGGGCCCUCCGCGAUAUGAACAUCCCAAAACUUGUAAAACCGGAUGUUUCACUGUUUAUGGGCCUUUUGGGUGAUCUAUUUCCUAAUGUCCCAUGCGAAAGCAUUACUCAAGAAGGCUUUCACGCAGCCAUUCUACAGGAGCUUGAGAGAAAGUGCCUAAAGCCACGAUCAAAGGCGGUACUCGAGAACCAAGUUGAUAAGAUCAUGCAGCUGCAUGCGACAAUGGAAUCCAGACAUGCAACAAUGGUUGUUGGAACGACGGGUGGGGGAAAGACUGUUAUUAUCGAAGUCCUCGCAGCCGCCCACAAGGAGGCAUUUGACGAGCCCGUCAGAGUCUUUCCGAUCAACCCCAAAGCUCAAGGAGUAGACGAGUUAUAUGGCGUUUUAGACCCAGUGUCACGAGACUGGACCGACGGACUGUUCUCGAAGAUUUUUCGGGAUGCCAAUCAGCCUUUACCGCCUAAGCGAAAAGAGAAACGAAUUAUAUUGUUUGACGGCGACGUGGACGCCGUUUGGGUAGAAAGCAUGAAUUCUGUUAUGGAUGACAACAGACUUCUUACGUUGCCAAACGGGGAGCGCAUCCGCUUAGAAAAGCAUUGUGCUCUUCUUUUUGAGGUUUCAGACCUGCAAUACGCUUCUCCAGCAACCGUCUCGCGUUGUGGAAUGGUAUACGUGGACCAAAGAGACCUCGGCAGUGGACCUUACUACGACGCUUGGGCUAGGAGCAAGCCAAGCGCAGCAAUGCUUGAAUCGCUGGACUAUUUGUGGGACAAGUAUGUCCCACCAACUCUUGCUUUCCUAAUGCAGGAUACAGGAAGGGAGGAUGAAGCGCCUCUGCCAGUGAAGUGCAUAGCUCGAACGGACAUCAGCAUGGUCGCACAACUGUGCAAAGUAAUGGACCUGAUGGUCUCAGAGGCGGAAUAUGCAAAACUACGUCCAGAAAAGCUAGAAAACGCGUUCCUCUUUUCUUUAGUCUGGUCAUUGGGAGCAACCCUCAUAGGAGAAGAGCAAGGCCGCUUCGACAAGCUACUUCGAACGUUGUCGGGGAAGGCAACCUUAAAUCAAAGCUUCUUCGACAGUUUCUACGACUUCGAGACAAACUCGUGGCUUUCAUGGGAAAAUCAAAUUCCGAAUUAUUCUCCAAAGCCGGGAGCUUCAUUUGCAAGCAUUUUCGUGCCAACAAUGGACACCGUUCGUGCUAUUUGGCUUCUUCAAGGCUUUGCUUCAAAGGCGCUACCCACCCUCUUCAUAGGCGAAUCAGGAACUGCGAAGUCGAUGAUGACAAAAAGCUGGCUCAGUCACCUCCAUAGUGAUGAGUUUAUGCAGCUGCAAAUGAACUUCAGCAGCAGGACUACGUCUCUUGAUCUCCAGAAGGCCAUUGAAGAUCACAUAGACAAGCGUGUAGGGCGUAUUUAUGGGCCUCCUUCGGGCAAAGUGCUCAAAGUAUUUCUGGAUGACCUCAAUAUGCCCUUGGUAGAUACUUAUGGAACACAGCAACCUAUAGCCUUGAUGAAGUUUAUGAUGGAGAGAAUGUUCUUGUACGAACGAGGCAAAUGCCUUGAACGUAUAAUUCUGAAAGACGUUCACUUUCUCGGGGCCAUGAAUCCCCCUGGCAAUGGCGGUAAUCCAAUCGACCCAAGGGCUGUAUCGCGAUUUUUUUGCUUCAAUAUCAAUUUGCCAUCGAAGAAGUCAGUUAAACGCAUACUUUCUGCAAUCCUCGAUGAAAAGUUUUGCAAUGAGCCCCAAUCACUACAGGCGAUUCUCAAAAAGUUACCCGAGGCUACUUUGAGUCUCUACGAGACUGUGGUCAAAAAAAUGACCCGCACGCCAAAAAAGUUUCACUACAUUUUCAACUUGCGAGACCUCUGCCGCAUAUACCAGGGCAUAUGGCACGCGACACUGCCUACGUCAGCAGACGGAAAGGCAAUUGUGCGCUUGUGGAGACAUGAAAGCCUGAGGGUAUUUGAAGACAAGCUAAUUGACGAAGCGGAAAAGAUGUAUCUAGAGCAUACAUGCAUGAAAAAUAUUGUCCAGGAAACCUUUCCACAAUUUUCGGAUUUUGCGCUGAGGAAUCCCAUUGUUUGGUCGGAGUUCCGAAGCGCUCUAUCGCUUUUGGAGGCCGAAGAGAAGGCUGAUUCUUCAAAUAGAGCGUAUGACGACCAUGCAUCCUUUGAAGAAAUCCGUCCGCUACUCGAGCGCCUCUUGGAGAUGCACAAUUUUGAUCGGAAGCCCAUGAGUUUAGUCAUGUUCGAGGAUGUGAUAGCUCAUCUCACCCGCGUUCACAGAAUAAUCCGAAUGGACAGAGGACAUGCAUUACUUGUCGGAAUGGGAGGAUCUGGUAAACGCAGUGUAGCAACCCUGGCAAUCUUUAUUGCUGGAUAUAACCAUUUCUCACUUACUCCGAUGAGAAACUACGGAGAGCCGGAUUUGAAGGAAGAUCUCCGCAAGCUUAUAACGUUGGCGGUUACUAAGAGGCAGUGCUUGUUGUUUUCGGACGCCGACAUCAAGCACGAGUGCUUCCUUGAAUACAUUAACAACCUUUUAAAUGUUGGUGUUAUCCCAGCCCUUUUUUCCGAGGACCAGAAAGAUGACCUCAUCGGCAUUAUUAAGGGAUCUGCACGGGUAGAUGAGACCAGAGAAGACUCACUGUGGAGCUACGCAAUGAACAGAGCUCGAGAUAAUCUACAUAUUAUUCUUGCCAUCUCGCCCUCUGGCGACACAUUGCGGAACCGUUGCCGCAGUUUCCCUGGCCUGAUAUCCUGCACAAGUGUGGACUGGUUUCAGCCAUGGCCAUUAAAUGCACUUAGCGCAGUCGCUAGAGCACUUCUACAGCACGAAGAUUUACCACAAAAACAUUGCUCGGCAAUCGAAGAGCACAUUGUUGGUGUUCACGCCAGUGUUACCACAGUGUACGCACCGGACUUCGAGAGAAAGUGUGGCCGCACAGCUUUUUCCACUCCAAAGAACUACCUUGACUUCCUCAAAACGUACAAAGGCAUGCUGCAGGCAAAGCGCUACAGUAUUCAUCAGCUUAGCACUAGGCUUGAAGGAGGGCUGCAGAAAAUGAAUACUGCUGCUGAAUCAGUUAAGAUCAUGAAUGCUCAAGUCGAGGCCAAGAAGGCUGUCGUGGAUGAGAAAAAGCGAAGUAUAGAAGAGUUGAUUCGCAGUAUAAAUGAGAAGAGUAUAAAAGCCACCCAGAGGCGAGAAGAGGCUCGCGCUACAGAGAUGCAAAUAUCCCAGGACCAGAUUACCAUAAAUCAAGAAAAAGCCAGUGCCGACGACGCGCUUGCUGCAGCAAUACCAGCUCUAGAGGCAGCAGCACGAGCACUCGAAAACAUUGAUAAAAAGGAUAUCACGGAAAUCAAGGCGUUUACGAGUCCACCGAAGCCAGUUAUGAAUGUUUGCAUGUGCGUUGUCAUCUUGCGCCCGCUUGGGAGGGAAAACGAAGCCGACGGGUGGAACGGAGCGAAAUCAAUGCUGAACGACGUCAACUUUCUCAAAAGCCUCGUGGAGUAUCCGAAAGAUAAUAUUACAGAACGACAAGUGCGAAAGCUGGCAGAGUAUUUCAGCAAAGACCCUGAUUCAUUCUCGAGCGAGAAAAUGGCAAAGGUGUCAAAGGCUGGAAAUGGGCUGCUUACAUGGGUCAAAGCAAUGGUAGAGUACCACGAAGUUGCAAAAGGAGUGGAGCCAAAACGUCGGCUUGUUGCAGAAUUACAACAAAAGCAAGACGAGGCAGGAGUUAACCUGGCAAGAAUCCGAGAAGAGCUUCAUCACCUGGAGGAUCAACUUAGCAGUUUGAUGAAUGAGCAAGCGCAGCAAACGAAUAUUUUGCGAGAGGUGGAGGCUGAAGCACGAGUCAUGGAACGCAGACUAGCAGCCGCUUGCACACUGAUAGAUGGGCUUGAUUCCGAACGACGCCGCUGGACAGAAGAACACGAAGCCUGUAGUGAUACACGCAAUAAAUUGGUUGGCGACUGCUUAAUAGGGGCAGCCUUUCUUUCAUAUGCUGGACCCUAUACACUGGAGUUUAGGAAUCGAAUGAUCUAUGAGGAAUGGUGUAGCCGAGUUGUACAGUCUGGUAUUCCUGUACGCAAUCCGUUCAAGAUCGAAUGCUUGCUGACGACUGAGGCCGAUAUUGUCCAGUGGAAUAGCGAGGGGCUACCCGCCAAUGAAAUGUCAAUUCAGAAUGGCAUUCUCACGACCAUGUCUUCUCGGUGGCCUCUCUGCAUCGAUCCUCAAUUACAGGCGGUAAAAUGGAUAAAGCAACGCGAGGAGGAUCGUGGCCUAGUUGCAAAGGCUUUUACAGAUGAUUACAUGAAAUACCUUGAGCUCGCAAUUCAAUAUGGCAAACCCUUUCUCUUCGAGUCCAUUGAGACUGACAUCGACCCUUCAAUAGAUCCUGUUUUGGAGCGAAGCCUAGUGAUCCAAAACGGCCAAAAGGUUGUCACGCUGCUGGGAAAGCAAGUUGAUUGGAAUGACGGCUUCUGCUUGUAUCUGACCACCAAGCUCUCGAAUCCCAAGUUCAGCCCAGAGAUAAUGAACAAAGCCAACGUUAUCAACUACCAGGUAACAAUUACUGGCCUGGCUGACCAAAUGCUGGCAAUUGUUGUGGGGAACGAAGUGCCUGACUUAGAGCAUCAAAGACAAGACCUUAUACGCCGCAUGAGCGAGAGCCGGCUGAUGCUAAAGGUACACAAAUGAUGCCGAACAAAUGUGGACGUAUCCUCGCAGCAACUUGAGAACACGUUGUUACACGAACUUGCCCACUCAAAGGGAAAUCCACUCGACAACGAAGACUUGAUCGACACGCUUCAAAGCACGAAGACCAAGGCACUCGAAAUCGAGAAUUUUCUCGAAGAGGCAAAGUCGACUGCUAAACGCCAGGAAUUUUACUGCGUGGCCAAGCGUGGAAGUGUUGUGUAUUUUAGUAUGGACGGCAUGAAAAAUGUAUCCCCGAUGCUUGAGUACUCUCUAGAUGCUUUCCUGCACACGUUUAGGGUUGCCCUGAGGGAAGCGCGUCAAGAUAGAAUACUCGAAAAUCGCCUCAAAAGCCUCUCUGACAAGGUUACUCAGCUAUCCUACGACUACAUCAGCCUGGGCCUUGUCGAAAGCCAGCGUCUCAUUUUUUCAUUUCAUCUGGCAGUCAUGAUUAUGCGGUAUGACGGUAAGUUGUCUGAAGAAGAGCUCGAUUUUUUUUUGAAGGGCAGCAACACUAUAUCCGAAGAUUCUUCGAAGCCAGAAGAACUCAUCUGGGUACCCGACAGUGGCUGGAACGACUUGCAGAAGAUAGACAAGCUCAGCAGCAAUUUUAGGGGUCUGCUAGGACAUGUCUUAUCGGAAAGCCAGGCAUGGAGGCAAUGGGCGCAAGAUGAUUUCGCGGAGAAAAUGGAAUUGCCUGGACACUGGAAUCGCGUGUUGUCGCCCUUUCAAAAGUUGAUAGUUGUCCGUAUUUUCCGAGUCGAUCGUGUCCAUAGUGCAAUCAAGCAGUUCAUCCAAUGGAAGUUGAAUGACCAUUACGUUCAGUCGCCUACAUUCCAAUACUCGAAGAUCUACGCCCAAUCGUCGGAAAAUGCGCCGAUCCUGCUUAUUCUUUCACCGGGGGCAAACCCUCACACCGCUAUAUGUGCUCUGGCGGACUCUUGUGGCCUUGCUGAGAUGAAAAAACCCCACCCAAGGUUCAGACUAUGGCUAACAACGCAGCCGACAAAUGCUUUCCCCCUCAGCAUCUUACAGGUGCCUUUCCCUAACUGCACACGUGUUCAACUUCGCCAUUCACUCAGGGAUUAUGCGAAAGAAAACAUUGGCUGUCUUGCAUUUCAGGAGCGUCGCAAGUACGGAAAGAUAGGGUGGAACGUUCCAUACGAUUUUAAUGAGUCAGAUUUAUCCAUUUCUCUCAGCCUUGUCAAAAUGUAUUUGGGCAAGACUGUGGGCACAUCAGCAAGUAUCUGCCACACGUCUGGAGAGCAUUCAGAGGAUACUCAAAGCGCAACGCUGUCACACCUUCCAGCAGAUAUUCCAUGGAAAACUCUUCGGUUUUUGAUUGGAGAGAUAGUAUAUGGGGGCCGCGUGACGGAUGAAUACGACAGGCGGGUGCUCGUGACCUACCUUGAAGAAUAUCUAGGGGAGUUUAUCUUCGACAGCUACCGGCGUUUCUCCUUCAGCAAAGCUCCAUUUAGCUACACUUUGCCCUCUGAUAACUCAAGUGCGGGGCACAUCGAGUUCAUAAAGGUGAAUACUAUGUUUGUGCCUCAACGAAGUUUUAGUGAUCAGGAGGCCACCGUAGACAGAACAAUAGCCAGGAAAUUACAGUUGCUCUGGUGA